AAUAAUAAUCCGAGCUUCAUAGUUGAAGUUAGAGAUGAUGAUGAUGAUGAUGAUGAUGAUGAAGAAUACCCAUACCCAUCACAUAACUUUUCCACAAAUAUUGUUAGUGUCAAGUUGAGUAAUAAGAGCAUAUACAAUGUGUGGAAAACACAGAUGCUAUGUCUGUUAUCGAGUCACGGAAUGCUUGGUUUCAUUGACGGAACCUUUCCAAGUCCCGAUCAUCAUGACGAUCAAAUUGAUUAUAAUGGUAAAGGGAAACCACUACUUGUGGCCAGAGACAUCAAGAAGAAGAAGAAGAAGGCGGCGGCGGCAUGGAUGAGGUCAGAUUCACUAGUCAAAGGCUGGAUACUCGGUUCCCUCUCUGAAGAGGCAGCCGUUAAAGUUGUCAAUCGCAUGAAAUCUGAUCAUUUCACUGCAAAAGAUGCAUGGGAUCAACUACAAACUAUUUAUGGUCCUUCACUACUACUUCCUCAAAAACCAGUUGAAGUUGCAACUAACAGAGAAGUCGAAGAAGAAAAGAGAAGAAAGAGACAAUCAUUAAGCCAAACAUUUUACAGGAGGAUUCUAAAUGGAGCUCCGGAUCAUGUGCGUUACUUUCUAGAAAAAGAAGGUCUUGUACCCACGGACAAAAUAACCAACAAUGGCAACACAACACUCCAUGUAGCAGUGGGUUCUUCAACCGGCAAGAAUCCCGAGAUAUUAGAGGAGUUGCUAGGCAUGAUACCGAGAGAGAACACGCUAUUGGAUUUGGUAAACUCGGAUGGAAGCACACUGCUUCAUGUAGCUGCGAUCGUCGGCAACACUCAAGCGGCCAACAUCUUGUUGAAAAGAAACCUAGACCUUUUGAUGGCAGAGGACAAUGAAGGUCACACACCACUAGCUGUAUCCCUUUCCAAUAUGCAUACCGAGACCUCUAAGUGUCUCUUGAAUCACAUCGAUACCGAGAUACACAAGGAUCCUAUGUUGGAGCUCACCAAAGACACCAAGUAUCACAGAACUCUGUUUUCCGGCACAAGUGGUGAUGAGCUUCUAGUUCUAGCCAUCUCUUCUAAAAAUUUUCGCUUAGCAAGUGAUUUGUUAAGGCAUUACAAAACCAUACAUAGUGAAGCUGUGCUUAUGGCUGUAGCUCAAAACUUCCCAUGUGAACUCAAAUUUUGGGAAAGGAUUGGAGUAUGGCCAUUCAUUGGGGAUCGAGUUAGAGCUCAUUAUUUUGCUUCCAGCCUAUUAUGGACAAUAUGUCAAAAAAUAAAAGACACCACAGAUAGCAAUCACUGUUACACCAAUCCUGUUUUUGAAGCCACAAGACUAAAUGCAUUUGAGGUUGUUAAAACUAUUGUGUCGGAAUUCCCAAAUACGAUUUGGAGUACCAACGAAGAUGGUCACCACUUUAUCCAAUACGCCGUGAUAAAUCGUUCGGAAAAGAUUUACAACAUGUUGUAUCAAAUGAGCGAACAUAAGAAUAUUUAUAAAACAAUCAAGGACUCCUUUGGGAAUAACCUCUUGCAUUUGGCUGCAAGAUUGGCACCUUCAAACAAAUUGAAUCUUAUAUCAGGUGCCGCUUUGCAAUUACAACGAGAACUCCAGUGGUUUAAGGAAGUAGAAGGAUUUGUACGUCCCUUAAACAAGAUCCAAAAGAACUCUUGUGAUGAAACACCCGAAUUGGUAUUUACUAGCCAACACAAGAACUUGGUGAUCGAGGGAGAAAAAUGGAUGAAGGCAACUGCAAAGUCGUACACGAUUACAGCUGCUCUCAUCAUCACAGUUGUGUUUGCAGCGGCUAUUACAGUGCCUGGAGGAAAUGAUGACAAGACAGGGAAACCUAGGUUUUGCCCAGGAAAGGAUGACAACGAUGACGGCUGUAAUUACAUCGUUGUUGCAUCAAAUGACACGACAUGGAAACCGCCUAGGUUUUGCCCAGGAAACGAUGACAACGAUGCCAGUUUUCAUGCAAACAUCACAUACACACAUAUAUCUAUAUAUACAUCAAAUAACAAGACUAGGGAACCACAUAUUUCAUGCAAACCAGCUUUCAAAGUAUUUGCAACAUCAAAUGCCAUAUCAUUAUUCACGGCUGUUACAUCGUUGCUAAUGUUUUUAUCGAUCCUCACCACUCGUUUUGCUGAACGUGACUUUCUCUUCAAGUUGCCUAGAAGGUUGAUCAUUGGUCUUGCUGCCUUGUUCAUCUCGACGACAGCCAUGAUCAUAGCUUUUGGUGCAUCAUUAUACCUUCUGUUUGAAGAAGAUCAAUAUUCAUGGCUUCUUUAUCCCAUAGGUGCAUUGACAUGCCUACCAAUUACUUCAUUUGUGACGUUGCAGUUUCCUCUUGUUGCAGAUCUCAUCAGUUCUACGUAUGGUCGUCGUAUCUUUGUUAAAAAGAAAUCUCAUGACUACUUCUACUGAAUCUUUUGUAGAUGUAGUAAUGGUCAUUCCCCAAAAUGAUUGGCCAGAGAAACAAGUUGAUUGCGUAAUGUUGUGUUAACUUACAUAUUACUCGUAUUGUUUUGCGUCAUUCUCGAUCAUCAAGUAAUUAAUUAAUGGGUUUUUAUGUUGUGAUUAAUUAGUGCAUUUAUUUAAGUGAAAUAAAAUUUACCUGUUUUGCCUCU